GCUUAUCACAUGCCUCAGUCAAAAUGGCAGCUCGACUGACUUGGUUGUGUUUCCUCGUUGUGCUGGUUUUACCAGCAAAUGCGUUUGAAGAACCGAAAAGCCGAGCUCCAGUUGCUGCAACUGUAGGAGCCCCAUGGCCCCUACCACAAAAUAUAAAGCAGUCAUCGACGGUGUUUACAGUUGAUGCACAAAACUUUAUCUUUGUAACGACCGGCGCUGCAUGCGAUAUUUUGGAUGCGGCAUACACAAGGUACAUUUCGCUGACAUUCGGUCAGGCCUAUGCCAGCAAGAACUUGAGGUUCCGGCCACGGCCAGCGGUUGGAGAUGGCGUGUUGUCGUCCCUCAGUGUCACCGUCAGCAAACCUUGCCAAGGAGUCUACCCCUCACUGCAGUCGGAUGAAUCGUAUGACCUACAAAUCACCCCGGAUGGCGCCAGCCUGAAAGCCAAUGAAGUCUGGGGAGCGCUGAGAGGCCUGGAGACUUUCAGUCAGCUGGUAACACAGCAAAGUUCAGGAGAGUUUGUAGUGAUGGAGUCCAUGAUAACUGACGCCCCAAGGUUCAAGCAUCGAGGCAUGUUGCUGGACACUUCUCGUCACUAUCUGUCAGUCGGCGCUAUCCUCAAAAACCUGGAGGCAAUGUCCCAGAACAAGUUCAAUGUGUUCCACUGGCAUAUCGUAGAUGACCAGGCCUUUCCCUUUGAGAGUACGGCCUUCCCAGAAAUGAGUAACAAGGGAGCGUACAAUCCGGAGACCCAUGUGUACACCCAGGCUAGCAUCAAAGAAAUCAUUGAGUUUGCCCGGCUGAGAGGAAUCCGAGUAAUGCCAGAGUUUGAUUCACCAGGUCACAGCCAGUCCUGGGGAAAGGCCAUCACCAAUCUUCUGACCCCUUGCUACAGUCACGGCAAGCCAGACGGGUCGUUCGGACCCAUCAAUCCCAUCCCAGAGUCCACCUACACAUUCCUGAAGACCUUCUUCCAGGACGUGGGAACAACGUUCCCCGACCAUUAUAUCCACAUGGGAGGGGAUGAGGUCUCUUUUACGUGUUGGAUGAGCAACCCCAACAUCACAAGUUUUGUCCAAAAGAUGAACUACACAAGCUAUGGACAGGUGGAGCAAUACUACAUGCAAAAGCUACUGAAUAUCAUCAACGGUCUUGGCAAGGGCUAUCAGGUCUGGCAGGAAGUGAUCGACAAUGGCGCCAAAGUGCGGCCGGACACUGUAGUCGAGGUGUGGAAGCAGCCCUGGCAGCAGGAGAUGUCCAAGGUCACCAGGAUGGGCUACCAGACUCUCCUGUCCACCUGCUGGUACCUCAGUAGAAUCCAUUAUGGCCAGGACUGGCAUGAUUACUACCAGUGUGACCCCUACGACUUUGAUGGUUCCGCUGAACAGAAGGCCCUGGUAAUAGGAGGCGAGACUGCCAUGUGGGGGGAGUAUGUCGACGACACAAACCUCCUCUCCAGGCUUUGGCCGAGGGCCUCUUCAGUCGGUGAGAGGCUAUGGAGUGCCCAGAGUGUGAACAGCACCAGCGCCGCGGAACCUCGUCUUAUUGAACACCGAUGUCGUAUGGUCAGACGUGGCAUCCCUGCUGAACCAAUCAGUGGCCCUGGAUUCUGUGACUUCGAGUACAGAACUUAGAUGUCUUACUGCAGCUGGCCAGUCCAGGGGAGAUGGAGAAGCUAUGUUAGUCAUCUGGUAGAACCUAGUACUUGCUAACACAGCAAGAAAAGCGACAACUAUAUGUACAUCAGAUUGCAGACCCACUUGUAAUAACAGAAGCAACAUCGGAAUCUACGUGUGUGAUGAGGCCGUGACACAUGAGAUGGGGAAUAACACUUCGUUCUACAUGUGAUGUUUAUCCAAUUAUUGUAUAAUUGUUUCAGAAUACUUUAUGCAAAGAGUCACUUACAGCUGGUUUCAAAUCGCAGGACCUCAUAAGAAUAGUGUGAAGGUCACCCAGUCUGGCAUCAGCUCACCCAAACAACAUGGCAUACCGUAAAUCAGCUAAUAGGUGCCCAGCUCAUGUCUUCCUUUUACAAAUGAAAUGAGUGCCCCUUCUCCACAAUAACAAAGAUCCACAAAACACAACUGUCUGAACUCCACACUGUUCUGCAGCACAUUUUUAUAAUUAGAAGACAGAUUACAUGAGCACUAUCACCAGUUGUAUCUGAAUCAGCACCCUGUAUACAUUGAAACAUGUUGGGUUGGAUAUGGUUGCAACUGGAUGAUAAGAACACAUCUGUGAUGUCAUUUUAUUGUUUAAAAGCUGCUUUUUUUCAGGAAUGGAGAGUUUUUUGUCAAUUAUGCAUUAUCUUGAACCAAUAUUUUAAUUAAUUUGCACUUGUAACUGAUGGAACUAUUUUUUAAAUAUUCUGACAAAUGAAUAAUUUCGAAUUUUGUCAAAAAAUGUGUUGCUGGUGGGGUUUGGACCAUGCAUCAUUUGAUUUGAGGAUGUGUAAUUAUGGACCCAGGCUAUGGUGACACAUGAAGGUACAUGUUUCCAGUAAAAUUAACUUUUAAAUAUUUUCAUAAUUUUGCAUAAUGCUUAAAAGCACAAAAUAUGUAUAUAAUGUUGUGUUACAGCAGGUUACAAAUGGGCAAUGUUCAUAUUUAUAGCAAUUAGAUAAACCUUUCCCGAGAAAACAAAUCAGGUAAACAUAUAUAUCCUUGUUCAGGGGCUCCAUGUUUCCUAUAAUCCCCAGCAUAUCUUAACAAUAUUCGAACAAUUGAUAAAAUACUAGUUUAGGACCCUACAAAGUUAUGAAGAGCCGUGUACCAUGCAUUGCAAAUGUCAGCUCGCGACAGAGCUUGGUGCACCUGCAACAGCGGCAGAGAUCACGUACCUCAUCCAUCACACAAGGGCGACUCGCACAGUGUAAAUACACUACAAAGAGUUCUGGUUUAUUUUGCAAAUAUUUUCCACAAGAGAAUAUUUUGUCAAAGUAUAAAAGCAGAGAUGUGUUUUAAGUGGCAGAAUAUCCUCAAAACUCUCCAUUGCUUGAAAAUAAUAGGCCUCUGCUCCAUUAUAUUUGAGGAUUGGAAAGUUACUCAGAUUAUCCUCUCUACUUAGUCUGUUUAUUUUUAUAUUGAUAGGGUAGACAUAACUUGGUAGACAGGUCACAUCUUUCAUGUUCCUGGUUUAUACACACAUACAAUAUUCAGAUACACACAUACAUAUCUUCGUGAACAUUCCUUUUUUGAAAUACUGUAUAACAUUUUGGCCACAUCUUGAAUCAUAUUUCCCUGGAAUAUUGUAUUUUUAUAUCUGCCUCCAUCCUCCAUCAUGAAGGGUAAUGCAUACUUCCACUCUACCAGAGGCCCUGAAGUGACCAGGGCCCACUUGCACAAAGCGAUCUUAGCGCUACAACUAUUGUAAGCCUAUGUUAAAGUAUGGGAGUUACGAUCGCUUUGUGCAAGUGGGUCCAGGUCAUGGCAAGACGGGAAUAUGUUGCCUCACUAAAGGCAGUUUCAGGGUAUAUGGAGGAACAGUGUACAUGUCCCAGCAUUACUGGGGAUGAUCUGAAUGCUAGUUCAGCAAUUAUUGCAGAUCUUGCCAUGUAAGAAUGGUUAAAACACUGUCAAGCUUUUGGUGGUGUUGGCCAGUGAGCUCUUCUGCCAGUUUGAUAUUAUAUUUGCGACUCCCCUCUGUUUAUUGGUAAAGGUGAUUUCCUACUAUAGCUGUGACUGCUGCUAACCAGUGAUGAUAUGUUCAUUGUCAAGUGAUAUUAUGAAAAUGAUUUGUAUUAAUCAGGGGUCUUAAUCAGGAAUAGCAUAUUCAGUAUUUAAACUGAAAUCCAUUGAAAUGCAUAUCGCUAGUGUUGCAAACACUGUAUAUAGACAAUCGCUUGCACAGUGAAGCUCCUUCUUAUGUGAUUUUGUAUUUUCUGAACUUUUGCACUUGGUUAUUGAGUUAGAUUGUUAUCCAUUAAUAUGGUUAAGGCUGCCAGCGAAGGGACCACAUGGUCGAUCACCGUUUUGGAGAGAAAAAAAAUAAUUGACAAGUCACUACAUCACCUGUUUUAAAGCUGUUCAAUUAUUUCUUUGUUAUUUUGGAGGGAUGAUAUUGUAGAUUAUGAAUCCACUCCUAAGACAAUACUGACCAGGUGGCGCCUUUACUGACAGCGUUCCCCAUGUUUGCUUUGAGCACUUUUGAUAAUGUGUGCUUGGUUAAUCACAAGAUUGCAAUAAAAAUAGACCAUAUGC